CUUUCCUAGCGGUCUUUGUUUAAACCAAGAAAAUCGGGAAACAAAAGCUAAAACUUCCAGAAGCCAUCCAUUAUUACUAGUUUCACGCGCGAACAUGGCACAACGAUCAAUAAGGUCGUUUUUUGCUGCCAAGCCUCAGACUUCUAGCCCUAAAUCUGAAGACUUGAAACAAAAGAAAGCUGUGGAAGAUGAUGAAAAUAUUGAAACUAAGGAAAAUAUUCCUAACUCUUCCAACAUUGAACCUUCAAAACCUUCCACUUUUAGCUCAAGGCAAGAGAAUGGAGGUAAGGAGUCUGCACCAGUGGAGGCUGGAGCCGAGGAGUCUGCACUUGUGGGGACUGGAGCCCAAGAGGAUGGAGAGAAAGACACAGAUCUCAGUCUACAAAUUCCAUACAGGAAAACCGCCCGGAAGUCAUUUAAACGGAAGUCUGAUGCGGAACAAUUGCAGGAGGAGAAGAUGAAGAAGAUGAAACCCGAACCUAGUCCAACCUCUACGAAAGGAAAAGAAGUUAAAUCUAAGAAAAGUUCUCCUGAAUCCAAGUCUACCAAGGAAGAUGAGAAAAGUUCUCCUGAAUCCAAGCCUACGAAGGAAGAUAAGAAAAGAUCUCCCAAAUCCAAACCUAUCACAGAAGAUAAGAAAAGUAAAGGUAAUAGUUCUUCUAAGACCAAAUCCUCUCCACAGAAAAAUAUUAAAUCCCCAGCUAGGUCGGAUAAAGAUGAUGAGUCCCCCCGCCACUUGAUAUCUCCUCCCACUGAAGAAUAUAAACCUGAUACCGAAUCUACCUCCUCCUCUCCCCAACCUAUGGAAUGUGAUGACUCCCCGGUCAAAGUUAAAUCUAAAAGAAACCGAAUUCUCAGCGAUUCCGAAGAUGAAACUGAAAACAAACCUUCUCCCGAAACUACUAAACCAAAACCUGAAUCCAUAGAGAAGAAAUUUUCUAUCUUCGACAAAAGCAAAACUUCCACUAAGAAAUCACCCGAAAGGGUCUCAAAAUCCGCCAAUAAAUCUCCUGUAAAAUCCCCGAAAGCUAUCAAAUCGGAAAAAUCCCCGGAAAAGUGUUCUAAAACUAAGAUCUCCGAAUCAUCUCCAGUUCCCUCCACCUCAGGAACCCAAUCUACUCCAAAACCUAAAAAUCCAUUCCAAGGAUUCUUCAGUCCUAAACCAAGUGUAGCUGGCAAGAAAGGUGACGGUAUGGAUUAUGAUAAGAAGGUAAAGAAGACUCAGUACCAUCCAAUCGAAGAUUGUUUCUGGGGUCGAGGAGAGAAAACUCCGUACUUAGCUCUAGCUAACACUCUACUUGCCAUAGAGGAAACAUCUGGUCGACUCCGCACAAUUGAAAUGCUCUCAAAUUAUCUCCGCUCUGUGAUGGUGCAGACCCCUGAGGAUCUACUGCCCUCUAUCUACAUGAUCUUAAACCGUUUAGCCCCGGCCUGGGAGGGUAUAGAGCUAGGAGUAGGAGAGUUCCAACUGAUGAAAGCUAUCGCUAACACCACCGGUAGAUCAACGGCGCAAAUCAAAGCCGAGUUUGUUAAAGUAGGGGAUAUGGGUAAAGUUGCUGAAUCCAGUAAGAGCAGUCAAAGAACUAUGUUCCAGCCUGCUCCAUUGACGGUUAGUGGUGUGUUCACCCGUCUACGUGAGAUUGCUGAGAAGAGUGGGAACUCCAGCUCCUCGAAGAAGGUUGAUAAGAUCCAGUCCCUGCUGGUGGCCUGUCGGGGUAGUGAGUCAAGGUUCCUGGUCAGAUCUCUGGCGGGUAAACUGAGAAUAGGAUUAGCUGAACAGAGUGUACUCCAAGCAUUAGCUCAAGCUUGUGUUCAAACACCAAUAGGACAGGUUUACCCUCCAUCUGUCCACACAGCAUUCAAAUCUGCUGAAUCCGACUCAUUUAAAGAAAAGCUGGCUUCAGAGGCAUUGAAAUUAAAAACUGCUUAUUGUGAAUGUCCAACCUACGAUCUAGUUAUCCCUGCUCUACUAGAAUCCGGUAUUGAUGGUGUGAGUGCGAAGUGUAAGCUGACUCCAGGUAUACCCCUGAAACCUAUGCUUGCAUGUCCAUCCAAGGGAGUACAAGAGGUUCUAACUAGGUUUGAGAACUGUAAGUUUACUUGUGAAUGGAAGUAUGAUGGAGAGCGGGCUCAGAUCCAUCUCCUGGAGAACGGUGAUAUCAAGAUCUUCAGUAGGAAUCAGGAGGAUAAUACAACCAAGUAUCCGGAUAUUAUCAAGAGAUUUCAGGCUUGUCUCACACCGGAAGUGAAAUCUGCUGUGGUUGAUUGUGAAGCUGUUGCUUGGGAUAGAGAGAAAAAACAAAUUCAACCUUUCCAGGUGUUGUCUACACGGAAAAGAAAGGAUGCUGUCGAGUCCGAGAUUAAGGUUCAAGUUUGCCUCUUCGGAUUUGAUCUGCUCUACCUCAAUGGAGAGGCCUUGGUUCGGAAACCUUUCCAGGAGCGGAGAGAUCUGCUCCGGAACAAGUUUCAAGAGAUUGCUGGAGAAUUCCAGUUUGCUCAGGGUGUAGAUGGAACCACUACAGAGGAGAUACAGGUCGCACUAGAGGACUCUAUUAAAGACAACUGUGAGGGAUUAAUGGUUAAGACCUUGGACCGCGAGGCAACAUACGAGAUAGCGCGUCGGUCACACAACUGGUUGAAGUUAAAGAAAGACUAUCUGGACGGUGUAGGGGACACCAUGGACCUUGUCGUCAUCGGAGGAUAUCAAGGAAAGGGGAAGCGAACUGGAGGGUAUGGAGGGUUCCUGUUAGCUUGCUAUGAUGCUGAGAAUGAAGAAUAUCAAACUAUUUGUAAGAUCGGAACAGGGUUCACGGAUGAAGAUUUAACCAAGCAUGCUGCUUUCUUCAAAGAUCACGUGAUCGAUAAACCCAAAGGGUAUUAUUCCUUUGAUCCUGUUCAUGCCCCGGACCAUUGGUUUGAACCCGUUCAAGUCUGGGAGGUGAAGUGUGCUGAUAUAUCUGUAUCUCCUGUUCAUAAAGCAGCACUGGGGUUAGUUGAUCCUGGGAAAGGAGUGAGUUUAAGAUUCCCGAGGUUUAUCCGUAUCCGCGAGGAUAAGAAUACUGAGGAUGCCACUAGUUCAGAACAGAUAGCAGAGAUGUAUAACAAUCAAGAUCAGAUCAAAAACCAGAAUAAACCAGCAAACAAGAAUACAGACGACGAUUUUGACUUUUAAAGAGCAUCUGGGGACUACUUAAAAUCUGUCUAUUUAAACUGAAUACUUGUCAAUUAUGUUCAGUAAACGUAUACGCUUAGAAUAAUUGUGAUAAUUCAAUUAGACUUCUAUAUAUAUUUUAUGUAAAUUCAGAUUUAUAAACAAUAAGACUGAAAUUAUAAUUU